CACUGACAGAAGUGCAUAACUUCUUAAAUUUUAUUUUGUUGUGACUUGAGAAUUGGUAAAUUUUUCAAACUACACGUUUGUUAUUUAGUGUGUAAAUUACAAGUGUUUUAAAAUUUUUAAAAUUAUACCCAAUAAGCUGUUAGCCAACAGCAUCAAAGCAGAAGCUGCCUUUGAUGCUAUAAUCUUUUGCUAAGUCUUGCAAUUUCUUCAAAACAAAAUCAUUUCGUUCUUGUGAAUUUGUUUGUAAUUACAUUGACACAAGUCUCAAGAUAAAUAAAAAUAGUAAUGUGGAAGUACUAUUUUUAUUGAAAUAAUUGAAAGUGAUACCAAACAUUACAAGACAAAAUUUCACCUGGUGUGAAAUAGAAAAACAAUUUUUGGGAUCACAAAAAUAGGGAAAAUAAAACACGGCUAUUAAUACUUAAUUUAAAAUUUGGAUACAUUUUUGGGACACUUUUUAUUUCAACACAAUGGUUCAAGAAAAUAACAACGAAGAACCUAUAAACAAAAAUACCUGCACGCCACAAAAGUCAACAUCAUCAACAGAAGCUUGGAACUUUUACAAGAAUGUUUUAAAGUCUCCCAAAUAUAUCGUAGCUCCUAUGGUAGACCAAAGUGAACUUGCAUGGAGAAUGCUCUGUCGAAAAUACGGAGCUGAACUUUGUUAUUCUCCGAUGUUUCAUAGUAAUCUUUUUUCAAAAGACCCCAAAUACCGCAAGGAAGCUCUUCAAACAUGUCCCGACGAUAGACCACUAAUUAUUCAGUUUUGCGGGAAUGAACCAAAAACCAUACUGGAAGCUGCACUUCUGGCACAAGAACAUUGUGACGCUAUCGAUAUAAAUCUUGGUUGCCCGCAAGCCAUUGCCAAACGUGGGCACUAUGGGGCUUUUUUGCAGGACGAAUGGGAUUUACUCGAGAGUAUAGUAAAAACCCUACACAAUAGCCUGUCGGUUCCGGUGACAUGCAAAAUUCGUGUUUUCGAAGACAGACAAAAGACAAUCAAAUACGCUCAAAUGCUCGAGGCAGCAGGGUGCCAGCUGUUGACUGUACAUGGAAGGACACGGGAACAAAAGGGGCCACUGACUGGAAUUGCUGAUUGGAGCUACAUCAAGGACGUAAAGGAGAAUGUUGCAAUUCCAAUGUUUGCCAAUGGGAAUAUCCUUUCGUUAGAGGAUGUCAGUAGGUGUAUGGAAGAGACAAAUGUUGAUGGGGUUAUGUCGGCUGAAGGCAAUCUACACAAUCCAGCAAUUUUCAUGGGAAUCACACCAAAGACAUGGGACAUGGCAAAUGAGUACCUGAAUUUUGUAGAACUAUAUCCUUGUCCGAUAUCGUAUAUCAGGGGGCAUUUGUUCAAAAUAUUUCAUCAUUUAUUGAAUUUACGUCCCAACUCAAAAACAAGAGAAGCCUUAGCAGUUUCUCGAGAAAUGCCCGAAUUUCGAAGUGUUGUAAAAACACUCCAAGAUAAAUACGAACCAUAUCACAAUGGUGAUGUUCCCUAUGUAGAUGAAGAAAUGGAUCCAAAUCUUGUAACUCAAAACAACGGGUUUAAUUUAUCCCUCCCACCAUGGAUAUGUCAACCUUAUAUUCGUCCAGCACCAGAAAUCCAUAAAAAGACAAUUGAAGAAAAAGUUCGCAUAGCCCAUGACCCGAACACUGUUAAACGUCAUUUCUUUGACGAAGAUGGAAAUCAAAUUUCACGAAAGAAAAUGAAGAGACUCCGUAGAAAAAGUCGCCGACCCAAUAGACCCGAAGGAAAGCAUGAGCGAAGCUUAGAAAGUUGUGACUUAUGUAUAAAUCCUGUGGGAAUCAAAUGUGAAUUUCGACUUUGUCGGAUAUGUUGUCGUGAGAAAUGUUACACCGAGAAUUAUGAUUGUCCUGGACAUAAGUGCCUUAUUAAAACCCGGCGUGAAAAAGCAAAGACGUUUGGAAACGCAGGACCCUACAUCGAAGAAGAUAAAAUUGUCGAAAAUGAAGGCUCAAUUGAAAGUGACAACGAGAGCAUAAGUGAAGGAGAUGAUGAUAAUUCCUGUGUAGUUGCAAAAAGUUGAUAAAGAAGUAGUUAAUUAUAGUUUAAUGAGUGUUUAUAAAUUAGUAUUUGAUAUAAUAUUCUUAUUAUUAAGCACAAAUAAAACUA